UCUACACACAUAUCGCCUGGAAGAAGCACCUCCUCGGCGUCCCCAACCCAAGAGGAGAGGAGGAGGAGAAGGUGGUAGCGGUGGUGGAGGCGGUGGAAGAAGAGGAAGAAGAACAUCAAGAACAACAUCGGCAACAACAACAAGCAGCCCAGGAUGAGCAAGAAUUGGUGGUGAUAGGGUGAGGCUAUAAGUAUCGGUGCUCCGGCGCGGAGUGCGACUGUCGAGAGAGAACCGUGAGUGCGUGAGUGCUGGCCAGGAGGGCCCCCGUCGUCGCGAGUGUGUGAUGGACUAUAGUGCGGUGCAGUGAUCCAGUGCCUCUGUGUGCGGAGGGGACCAGCCGUCGACAGCCGCCGACCAGAAGCAUCAGCAGAUUCAGGGACUGCCAGAGGCUGAUCAUCACCAGCAGCAAGGGGCGGAGCGCAGCCAUGGGGGGCUGGUGGCUGCUUGUCGCGGUGCUGGCCGCGCAAGCGUGGCAGGCCAGCGCAAGCUACGAGGACUACUUCGGCGGGCACGCGGGCGGCGGCGAGGACGGCUUCCUGGCGCGGCCGCGGCGCCGUACCUUCCAGUGCAAGCGCGAGGGCUACUUCCCGGACGAGAGCGACUGUCGCACCUUCUACCGCUGCGUCGACUUCGGCUCCGGCUCCGGGCUGACGGCCUUCAGCUUCCAGUGCGGCGAGGGGACCGUGUUCGACCCGACCAACAACAUCUGCAACCACCCCGCGGCCAGCGGCAGGCCCCAGUGCGGCGGCCAGGAGGGCGGCGACCUCAACAACGAGGUGCCCAGCGGGCCCAUCCAGUACCCGCAGGAGCCCGAGCAGCCGCCGACCUACCCGCAGCAGCCCGAGCAGCCGCCACAGCCGCCGGGCGAGAUCGGCAGCGGCAACUGCGACAAGGAGGGCUUCUUUGGCGUGCCCGGUGACUGCAAAAAGUUCUACCGUUGCGCAGAGGGUGGCUCUGGCCUUAUCAAGUACGAGUUUGCUUGUGGUGAGGGCACCGUGUGGGACCCAGAUAUCACCGCCUGCAACCACCCCUGGGCCGUCAAGCGCUCCGAUUGUGCCACCGGGGGACAGCCUGGAGGACAGCCAGGCGGUUACCCUGGCGCACAGCCUGGAGGACAACCCGGCGGAUACCCUGGCGGUCAGCCCGGAGGGUACCCUGGUGGACAGCCCGGAGGUUACCCAGGCGGCCAGCCUGGAGGUGACGGCGGCUGGGGAGGCCCAGAUGCAGGCUACAACCCGCCAAGCCAGAGGCCUCCGAGGCCACCAACAGGACCUAUCUACGGAGGGCAGGGACCAACUGGCCCCAUUGACAACGGCCAGGGACCUACCGGACCGAUCUACGGAGGACAGGGGCCAAGCGGACCUAUUUAUGGAGGCCAAGGACCAACUGGACCAAUUUAUGGAGGACAGGGACCUACAGGCCCAAUCUACGGGGGCCAGGGUCCAAACGGCCCCAAUGGACCAAGUGGACCAAACGGCCCUAAUGGACCAAAUGGACCAAACGGUCCUAACGGACCGAAUGGACCAAACGGCCCUAACGGACCGAAUGGACCGAAUGGACCGAAUGGAGGACAAGGACCUAAUGGGCCAAACGGACCCAGUGGGCCGACCGGUCCUAAUGGGCCAAACGCUGGAGGACAAGGACCAAAUGGACCGAAUGGAGGAGGACAAGGACCGAACGGACCGAAUGGAGGAGGACAAGGACCGAAC